AGUGCUCAGUAUUUACGUAACAUGUCUGGACGUGGUAAAGGCGGAAAGGGCCUUGGAAAAGGGGGCGCCAAGCGCCACCGCAAGGUUUUGCGCGACAACAUCCAGGGCAUCACAAAGCCGGCCAUCCGCCGUCUGGCCCGCCGUGGAGGAGUUAAGCGCAUCUCCGGCCUUAUCUACGAGGAGACCCGCGGGGUGCUGAAGGUGUUUCUGGAGAACGUCAUCCGGGACGCGGUCACCUACACCGAGCACGCCAAGCGCAAGACUGUCACCGCCAUGGACGUGGUCUACGCGCUCAAGCGUCAGGGCCGCACUCUCUAUGGAUUUGGUGGUUAAGUUUGAGCUUUGUAAGGCUCUUGUAGCAAAGCUAAAGGCCCUUUUCAGGGCCACCCACUUUUUCUAUGAAAGAGCUUGCAUUUGGGUGCUCUGUAGGUGAGCCUGA